UUCUACUCGCUCAGUUGUCACAAACAAGUGUCUGGUAUACGACUCUAUCGCUACGGUCUUCUGUCCUUUUCUGUGGCCAGAUCUCACACACCAAAAUGUCACAAGAGGAGGAUGAUCUCAUACAUACUUUCAACGGGAUCAGUUUUACCACCAGAUCAUCUCCAGAGCUUUUGAAGUCCUUGGUAACAUUUGAUGCUAGAGAAGAUGAUGUGCUGUUGGUUUCCUACCCAAAGUCUGGCACUCACUGGCUUUCCGAAAUCAUAAUGCACCUCUAUGCAUCCGAAGUGGCUUUGACGUUACCAAUUGAAUUUGGAGAUGUUUCCAGACUGGAACAACUGAACCACCUUUCAUGCAAGAGGAUCAUUCCAACCCACUUGGAUGGUAACAUGUUGCCCCCCAACUUUUGGCACAAGCGAUCCAAGGCAAUUUACCUCAUCAGAAAUCCAAAGGAUAUUGCUGUUUCCAUGUACCAUUACUAUAGAGCGAAUCCAAAUCUGCCCACCAUUGAUUCCUGGCCUCAUUUCCUUGAGAUGUUCUUACAAGGAGAUGUUGUCUGCGGAUCCUGGUUUGAGCAUGUUUUAAGCUGGGAGAAACACAGAAAUGACAAAAACACACUGUUCUUGUACUACGAAGACAUGAAAAAAGAUCUCCCUGCAGUUGUGAAGAGAGUCAGUGCCUUCCUAGGUGUCAACAUCAAUGAGAGCGGGAUUCGCGAGAUCUGUGAAAAGUCUUCAUUCAGUGAAAUGAAAACCAACACGGAGAAGGAAAACCAUGAUCCCAACCAUACCGUUUGUGCACUUACAUCUAACCGGAAGCUGAUCUUCCGAAAAGGUGCAGUUGGUGACUGGAAAAACAAUUUCACUCCCAAACAGAACCGGAUGUUUGAAGAGAAAUUUAACAAGAAAAUGGCCUUCAGUGAAGUGGCAAAACAUCUCGUUUAUGAAUGCUGAUUUGAAGGCAGAGCUGGUGACUGUACAGAAAGAAGUAUAUUUGCCCUACGUUGGUAGAUAUCCAAAAGGGUUGCUGCUUCGCUAAUAUGACUCUAAAAGAGAAUAUAGAAUAUGCACAAAUGGGACCUGUAAUAAA